CUGUAGUGUAGUUCAAACUUGACCCUUCCACACGCGGCCGCGUUUGUCUCGUUGUCUGAACGUGCGGAGCAGCACGUGAACACCGCCCUCCUCCCCCUGCACCUGUGGCCUCUCCGGUGGUAGCAUAGCAGCAGCUAGCUGGAGGCUAAUCACCGACUAUGGACGGCUUCAUGGAUUGCGCCUUCCCGGCCGGAGAUGAGAGCGACGCCAGCAACGACGAGUGGGACCUCGGCUGCAGCUCGCCCAAGCAGCCUCCAUGUAUCAAGGAUAUGGAUGCUGCUGCACCGCAUGCUGACGAUAAUGUGUCAGUGUUGAAAAAGGCCAUCAGUAAAGGAGACACUGAGACUUUAGAGAAGCUGUUGGACAAUGGCAUGGAUGUGGAGACCAGGCUUGGCUUUGAAUGGACUCCUCUCAUGUGUGCUGUCAGUGUGGCUGAUUACGACCUGGCCAAAGUGCUGCUGGACAGAGGCGCCAGCGUCAACUUCAGCAAAGAUCAGUGGACAGUGCUCAUGGCCAGCUGCACAGCAUCUGCCAGUGAAGACAAGAUCUCUCGCUGCAUGGAGCUUCUGCUGUCCAGAAAUGCUGAUCCCAACAUGGCAGACAGGUCACAAAUGACCUGUCUGAUGCUGGCAGCCAGGGACGGCUACAGUAAGGUCAUCAACCUGCUGGUGUCUCAUGGAGCAGUCAUCAAUGUCCAGGAUGGCAAUGGAUACACGGCUUUGUCUGUAGCAGUGCAGUAUGGCAGAGAGGAGGCAGUGCUAAAGCUCCUCCAGCUCGGAGCAGACAAAACCAUAAGGAACAAUGUUGGCAAAAGACCUGCUGACCUGGCCAUGAUCUUCAAACAUGCGCAGAUAACGAGGAUCCUGUCCUCUUCAUCGCAUGUCUCAAUCGUGCAGCCCUUCAACUCCAUGGAGGAGACCCUGUCUAAAUUCUUCAAGACCAACUCUGAACCUCCUUCUUCUAAGGAAAGUGUCACCAAGCUUGAUGACCUCGGGAUCCUCCUACACGGUCUUGAUCUCGGCUACCUCACUGACAUCAUGACUGAAAAUGACAUCACCUGGAGCAACCUGUUGACCAUGGAGAAGGAGGACCUGGAGAAGAUUGGUAUCACAGACCCGGUGCACCAGGAGAAGGUGCUUAGUGCUGUGCACAAGAUGGACCUGGACAAAGUGGACCUGGACACUAUAGACCUACUGGAAGCUACAGACAGUGGGAGUGAGGAGCUGCAUACCUUCCUAAUAAGUGUGCAUCGUCAGUGCUGCUACCUAACAGAGACGAUUCAGGACGUCAUCAACCGUUUUCCUCGCCAAGCCUCUCAGCUGGUUUUCUCCCUGGACUCAAAGAAGGAGGCUCAGUCCAUGUGCAACCAGCUGGUGGUCCAGACUAAAGACCUGCAGAAGGAAGUCACCUGCCUUCAUAGUCUGCUAUGCCAGAUGAACGAAGCCGGAGAUUGCUGUCAGCUUCCUCAACCUGGUUCCCACGGCAACUGGAAGAUGCAGUACCUCACCAGAGUUACCCUGAGCGCACUUGGAGCCACCUUCCUCGUGCUCCUCUACAAAGCUGCACGUGGAUACGUUUACCUUUAGAUGUACAGGAAUGUUCAUCAUUUUGUGUUUGAUUCAUGUGCUUUAAUUGUUUUAUUAUAAUUGUAAAAGAGUUAUGUUUUAGGACAGUGUUUAACAGGACGGCUCAUUUUUACUUUUGCUGCAGUUUCCCGUUUUGCAGUUUGUCACUGAGUUAAUGUCUCAAUUAUUUUUAGAUUAUUUUGUAUUUUAAGCGUUUAAGUGGAAAUUAAAGUUUCUUUUGAGGAGCAUUUUCUGGUAUGGUCUAACCCUGACUAAGAUUGAAACCAGGAUAUUGUAUUCUCUGUUUCUGUGAAUGAAUUCCUCUUGAAGUGCAAGUUCUGAUUUUAGUCUAUAUAAUGAAGUGUUGUUUUUUUUUUGUUUUUUUUUGCUAAUCAUUAUCAGGCCUUGAGUACAUGAAUAUUUUGUAAAAUAUGCUUUAAGUAAGUUGAGAAACUUGAUAUGAGUUCAACUUCAGUUUGCAGCAGGUGGAAACAGAAAGUCUGGUUCUCUCCAAAGAUUUAAAAAACGGAAAACUAUCAACAGCAAAAGCCCACUAACAUGUUGUUUUCCAUUUUAUUAUUUGUACAAACUUAUUCCUUUUUUGUCAUUUUCUAGGGAGCUAUGUGCUGGAAGAAUCUUCACAUAGAGAUUCAGCAAUAAUUACAUUUCAGUUUAGGUGUUUACUGUUCAAACAUAAAACGGUGUCUGUCA